UUGAGCAGAAAGUGCAUGAAGUGUGCCAGUCAGCAGUUUGCCCUCGUGUUGAUCACAAGUUUUGGAUCAAAGAUCACAAAAUGUUCCCACUGCCUGUCAAAAAGACUCAAGAUGCUGAAAACGCCACACGCGCUCCUGCUCGUCUGCCUGGUUGGGGCAACAGAUGCUCUUUACAAACAGUGGAUCCCUGACACCAACUAUGAGAACAAAACCAACUGGGACAAGGGAGAUGUUCCAUGUGGCAGCGACAGAGUUCAGUUUUCAGCUCAGAGGAAAGUGUCCGUGUUUGUGGAAACGGCUCAUGCUGUGCAGGAGAUGCAGCUGCCCCUCGAUGGAGAGUUGAUACUGUAUUCAGGGGCCGGCUUUUACGUCGUCAGUGGCCAAGACCCCGGCUGUGGAGCAGGCGUGAGCACCAAGUUCAAAGACUCGGACUCUCUUCAAUGGUUUGAUCCGGCGCUGUGGCUGGCAGCUGCAACUCUGAAUGACCUGCAAAAUGGGGAUUUCCUGUUCUCAGUGCACGAGGAGAGCGUGCCCUGCCAGCAUGAUGACGUUGUUUUCAAACCUUUCUCCUCCUUCCGUGUGGACACCACCUCCAGCCAGUCCAGCAUCCUUGUCACGUCGGUGUCCGUGCUGGGGGAGACGUUCAGCAGCAGGUCUGAGUUCUCCCAGUAUCUCGGCUCCCACACAGGCCAGCUGCAGUUUCAUGGGUCCUCAGUUGUCACAGUUGGAAACCCAAGCUGUGGGGAUCCCACUGGCUGUGACUGUGGGAACUCUGUAAACCAUCAGCAGAUCUGCGGCUCAGUCACUUGUGCCACUGUGCACUGCAAAAUGCCUCUCCGUCCCAUGGGACACUGCUGUCAAGUGUGUGGUUCCAUUAUCUCCAUCAGUUAUGCUGGAGGCUUCAACCUGCAGAACUACAGGGACCGACUCAAACACCUUUUUCUUACCCUGCCCCAGUAUGAGUCUGUUCAGCUGGGCAUGUCUAAAGUGUUGAAGCCGCUGCGGAUAAUGGGGGUUAUUCCUUUUGGUACAUCACCAGAGAUCCAGGUGGUCAUUGUAGAUGGGGAGAUGGGGAAAAUUGCAGAGACACUGGCCAAGGACAUAAUCAAGGAUAUUCAAUCUCAAGGCUCUAAACUGGGAAUCACAAAGGCUGAAUUUCAAGCCUCCAGUGGGAACACCAGUACUCCUAAAAGCAGUGCAGGGAUGGUGGUUGGAGUUGUGCUUGGAGUUUUGCUUGUGAUUACACUCAUUACUGUCUUGGUUGUGCUGAUGCGUAAGGGUGUAGUGCAAAUGCCACCCAUUCCUUCAGCGCCAUCUCUGAGCUUCUUCAGGAGAAACACGGACAUUGGGGACUCCAACGAGGCUGCUGACCGUGGCUUUGAUAACCCCAUGUUUGACAAACCCGACAUGCUGAGUGACAUUCCUGGCCUUUACGAAUCUGAUCGCAACACAAUCGCCUUGACUCGCACAGGCGUGCACUUUAUAAACCCAGCUUAUGAUGAGAAUGAGUCAGAUUUUUCUGUUUAA